UCGAAAUCAUUGCAACUACCAGCUACAGAAAUGGGCAGCAAAACCUUGCCAGCACCGGUGCCCAUCCACCCAUCCCUUCAGCUCACCAAUUACUCGUUCCUUCAGGCAGUGAAUGGCCUGCCUACCGUCCCCUCCGACCACCUGCCCAACCUGUAUGGUUUCAGUGCUCUGCAUGCUGUGCAUCUGCACCAAUGGACGCUGGGCUACCCAGCCAUGCACUUGCCACGUUCCUCUUUUUCUAAAGUGCCAGGUGCGGUGUCCAGCCUGAUGGACGCUCGCUUCCAGUUGCCUGCCUUUCCCUGGUUUCCUCAUGUCAUACACCCUAAGCCAGAGAUCACCACCGGAGGCAGCGGUGCCGCGCUUAAGACCAAGCCGCGCUUUGAUUUCGCUAACCUGGCCUUGGCUGCCACUCAAGAAGAUCCCUCCAAGCUCGGUCGAGGGGAGGGUCCUGGCUCCCCAGCUGGUGGGCUGGGCGCCCUCCUGGAUGUGACCAAGCUAUCCCCAGAAAAGAAGCCCACGAGGGGACGCCUGCCUUCCAAGACUAAGAAGGAAUUCGUCUGCAAGUUCUGUGGCCGUCACUUCACUAAAUCUUAUAACCUACUCAUCCAUGAGCGGACGCACACCGAUGAGCGGCCUUACACCUGUGACAUCUGCCACAAAGCCUUCCGGAGGCAAGACCACCUACGGGAUCACAGAUAUAUUCACUCCAAAGAGAAGCCUUUCAAGUGUCAAGAGUGUGGGAAAGGAUUCUGCCAGUCCCGGACUCUUGCUGUCCACAAGACGCUACACUCACAAGUGAAGGAGCUCAAAACCUCCAAGAUCAAAUGCUAAAUAAACAGAGCCUGCGGGGCACCAGGACCCUGGGACGUGCUGCUGCCUUCUUUUCCAGAGGGACCCAAGCUGAAGGCGACUCUGCGGGCAGCGGGAGGGGCUUUCGGGAUCUUUCUU